AUGUCUGAUCGUUCUUUCUAUGACAGUUUUUUCAAGCAAAACUUCAAUAUGGACCCGCUGGUUGAUCUUCCUCCCCAUCGCAAUCAUUUCAUAUUACCUUUCGUUGACUUAGGUCUCGGUUCGGCUAUCUUUACCCAGCUCAUAGUAGCCAUUGACUACAUCCUCAUCAUCGAUGUUCAGAGGGAUGUCUAUCCGAAGGGUCAGCCCCCAAGAGCAAAGGGUGCAGACGCGGAGGCUUCCUUGGCGACGCGUUUUGGUCAGGCGUUCAGUCUAUACUGCAGUCCACGCGGAGUAGGGUGGUCAAUCGAACCGUUGACCCUUCCAAAACCUUCUACCAAAUCGCGCUUUGCCUUCGUCGUAUCAAGGAUUGCUCGCGCCCUUGGUUGCGCCCUCCUGGGCGCGUUCGCAUCCAUGGCUGUCAACUCUAACCCAGCGUUGUCGGGAAAAACUGCAUCCGUGAGGGACAUGGGCUGGUUUUAUCAUACCACGGGUGUUUGUGCCUUCGCGCUGGGCGCCGUUACACAUAUCAGCCUAUUGCAUUCCGUUUUAGCUGUUCUUUGUGUGGGCGUUGGGAUUUCUCGUCCUCAAGAGUGGCCAGAUCUGUUUGGAAGUCCAUUUAAUGCGUACAGUGUGCAGAGGUUCUGGGGCCGAACUUGGCAUCAAAUGUUGCGGCGACCACUAAAAUCCUGCGCCAUCUUCGUAGUCACCAAAAUCCUCAACUGCCCCAUAGACAAGCCCUACGCCCCCUUCGUGUUCUUCAAUAUUGCAUUCUUCAUCUCAGCCCUCGUUCACGUGGGGGGCGACUACAUGAUGCUUGGCAAGCCAGGGACAGGACCGUUCUGGUUCUUCAUCCUCCAAGGCCUAGCUGUCACCCUCGAGACGGUAGUUUCCAAACUGUUGAGUCUUCCUGGAUCAGGCUUGGCUGCUCGGAAACCGAGAAAUGCAGCACUUUCAACAUCAAAAGACUCUGCUGCUCCAAAAUCCCCACCCCCGAUGUGGACGCGUGUCGUUGGGUAUGUGUGGGUGGUUUCGUGGUUUUGGUGGUCGCUGCCCUUUAUUGUGGAUCCGGGCAUUCUGGCGGGUGCGUAUGGACCACAUAGAGGGGUGACUUUUGAACAGUUAUCGGAGUUGGUGGUGAACGCUUAUCAUCAGCUAGCAAUGGACGUUUGA